CCGCAGAAUUUGGAUCUUGAACCGCUUAAUUUCGCCUACAAUUUUGUCUAAAAAAAAAAGAAAAUUUCAAUGAAAAAAAAUAAUUUAUUUAUGUCAUUGAUGAUAAAUAUAUUUACUAAAACAAUUUGUGAUAAAAAACCAAAGUAGUCAUGGCGAAACAUCACCCAGAUUUAAUUUUCUGCCGAAAACAACCUGGAGUCGCAAUUGGAAGAUUAUGCGAGAAGUGUGAUGGAAAGUGCGUCAUAUGUGACAGUUACGUCAGGCCUUGUACUCUUGUAAGGAUAUGUGACGAGUGCAAUUAUGGAAGUUAUCAAGGAAGAUGUGUUAUUUGCGGUGGUCCAGGAGUCUCUGACGCUUACUACUGUAAAGAAUGUACGAUGCAGGAAAAAGACAGAGAUGGAUGUCCAAAGAUUGUUAAUUUAGGGAGUUCUAAGACAGAUCUAUUUUAUGAAAGAAAAAAAUAUGGGUUUAAAAGAAGAUAAAUCACUAUUUAUAUAUUUGUUACGUAUUGAAUAAGUAAAGAUAUAAAUAAGAUACGGGAUUAUUUAAAUGAAAGACUUAAAGUUUUUUAUACUAUAGAAGCCAAAUUAAUAAGAUUAGUUUACACGUAACAAAAUAAAAAAAAAAAAAACAAUAUAAUUAUAACGUUAUUUAAAUUUAUUUUUA